AUGAACUCCACAGCUCAGCAAGGCUUGAUCCCAUGCCACCUGAACAGGAGCCUGUGCCUGGGAACUCUGCCAGAGAAAGACGUUUCCGGAGAGAAGAAGGAUUCCUCUGCUGGCUGCUACGAGCAGCUGCCGAUUUCCACCGAGGUCUUUCUCACUUUGGGCAUCAUCAGCCUGCUGGAGAACAUCCUGGUGAUCGCCGCCAUCAUCAAGAACAAGAACCUCCAUUCCCCGAUGUACUUCUUCAUCUGUAGCCUGGCGGUCGCUGACAUGCUGGUCAGCGUCACCAACGCCUCGGAGACGAUCAACGGCGGCAGCCUCACCAUCCCCGUCACGUUCAUCAAAAGCAUGGACUACGUGUUCGACUCCAUGAUCUGCAGCUCUCAGCUCGCCUCCAUCUGCAGCUUGCUCGCCAUCACCAUCGACCGCUACAUCACCAUCUUCUACGCCCUGCGGUACCAGAACAUCGUCACCAUCCGGCGGGCGUUGCUGGUCAUCGCCGGCAUCUGGACGUGCUGCACCGUCUCUGGCAUCCUGUUCAUCAUCUACUCAGAGAGCACCAUGGUGCUCAUCUGCCUCAUCACCAUGUUCUUCACCAUUCUGGUCCUCAUGGUGUCGCUCUACGUUCACAUGUUCCUGCUGGCGCGCCAGCACAUGAAGCGCAUCGCCGCCCUGUCGGGCAACGCGCCCAUCCAGCAGCGCGCCAACAUGAAGGGCGCCAUCACCCUCACCAUCCUGCUGGGGGUGUUUGUGGUGUGCUGGGCGCCCUUCUUUCUGCACCUCAUCCUGAUGAUCACCUGCCCCAGGAACCCCUACUGCACCUGCUUCAUGUCGUAUUUCAACAUGUACCUCAUCCUCAUCAUGUGCAACUCCGUCAUCGACCCCAUCAUCUACGCUUUCCGCAGCCAGGAGAUGAGGAAGACCUUUAAGGAGAUCUUCUGCUGGUGUAUUAGCUUUCUGUGAGACGCUCCAGGUAGUUCAUCUGUAAUCUGUGUGCAGUGCAAAGCUCCAGGUCUGCAGGAUAAGUGGGGUUGAUUAGACAGUUGGCUAACAGAGGAUUUGUCUGCAGUCCACAAUGUUGUGAAUCUAAAAGGAUGAAGAGCCUGAAAUGUCAGUUUUGCAGCAGCACAGAUUGAAAAUGCUUCGGCAUAUGAUGUUUUUAAAGCACAUUAGACAGCUAAGAAUGAGAUAAGAGACUAACUUUGUUACAACUGAGAUUACUUUAUGUCUCCAUUGGUUUUUGAACAUGGAACCAUUGGGGUAGGACUUUAUAGCAUCGCCACAUAAGGUGAUAUGACAUUACUCUUAACUGUAAUCAUAACAUUGACUUAUAAGGUGAUCAUACCUUAUAAGGCAACCACAGUAUUGCAUUAUAAAGCAAUCAUUACA